GGCACCCAGUUUUUAUUUUGGUUUUUCGGGAGUUUGUUGUGUCGGAACCGGUCUCGAAACGUUUUACGAAAUUUGAUCGGAAGUUCGCGUUAACAAUGUCCAAAACAAAAUCGUCGGAUGAACCGGCCGCCAAAAUGCGCAAAGGAGCUCUCACGGUGGCUCAGAUAAAUGCCGAUGAGCUAACUUUUCUUGCUAACCGAUUCUGGGCCCCGGACACGGCCGACAGCCACGAACCGUUCAAUCAAGCCGUCAUCGAAGAAAUCUAUCGGCGCGAGAUUUGCGAAUCGCGAUAUUCCAUGCGACGGAUCAUGAUGUUAGAGUUUAGUCAAUAUCUAGAGAACUACCUGUGGCCUAAUUACCGCGGUGAGGAAGCAACCCGGGCACACCUGAUGUCGAUCGUGGUGAUGUUGAAUGAAAAGUUUCGCGAAAAAGUAGAAGUGUGGCAGGUGUUUGAUAAUCGUGCGGAUCAGUUUCCGAGCUUUUUUCAGAAGGUGCUGGAAGCGUGUUUAGAGGACACCACAGUUACUCCGUUCAGCAUGAGAGAGCAAACCGCGUUGCUGGUGUUUCUGAACCAUUGCUUCAACAGUAUGGAAGUUGAACUGUGCAGGAAUCAGGCCAAACGAUUGGUCUCGUUGGCCAUGUGGUCCUGUUUGCAACCGCGUAGAAGAGAGCAGGAAUUGAAGGAAAUACCGGAGUGGAGGCGGUUUUGGAAAAAGUUGCAGAAGAGGGACAAACCGAAAAUGAAGGAAAAGUUUGAGUGGGAGCGGCACUUUUUGCAGAAUCUUAUGAUAAAGUUUAUGAACAUUCUGGAGUUGAUUCCGGGGGAGGGGCCAGUGUGCGAAGAAACGGUGCGCUACUGUGAGCGGUUUUUAGAAUUUCUCAUCGAUUUGGAGGCAUUGCUGCCGACGAGAAGAUUUUUUAACACCGUGAUGGAUGACUGCCACGUGGUAGUGAGGUGUUUAAUGGCACCGUUGUUGCAGCGACCGGAGGGAAAUUUGUUUGCACAGCUCCUGGACAUGCUCAAAUUCUACGCCCGUUUCGAGAUCAACGAUGAAACAGGUGACCCGCUAACGGACCACGACAUGACCCAGGUGCACUACUCAAAAAUAAAAGCCCUGCAGAAGGCAGCCUUUGCCAAGUUUCCCGAUCUGCGACUGUUUGCUCUUUCGAAUGUAGCAAACGUUGAUACCCGGGAAUCGUUGGAGAAGCAUUUCGGUGCCCUGGACGGCAAAAGCCUUAAGGAGAUCGCGUGCUAUUUGAACUUGGUACCGGAAGAGCUGGAACCACCAUUCCAGUGGCACCGGCUGGACGAACCCUUUCUACGAGAGCUACUGAUUUCCAGACACGAACGUCGGGUCUCGCAGCUGGAAUCCUUGAACGAGAUGCCACUCUAUCCGACGGAGGAAAUCAUUUGGAACGAGAAUAUUGUCCCGACGGAAUACUACUCCGGAGAAGGUUGUUUGGCUCUUCCGAAGCUGAAUCUACAAUUUUUGACGCUGCACGAUUAUUUGCUGAGAAACUUUAACUUGUUCCGAUUGGAGUCAACCUAUGAAAUCCGACAGGAUAUCGAGGACGCGGUCAGUCGAAUGCUACCUUGGCAAUCGGAGGAAGGUGAUGCGGUGUUCGGGGGAUGGGCUAGGAUGGCACUACCGAUACAGUCGUUCGCAGUGGUUGAGGUAUCUAAACCGCACAUCGGCGAGAAAAAGCCAUCUCGCGUAAGAGCUGAUGUCAGUGUUACACUCAAUGUUCGUAAGGAAAUUCAAGACGAGUGGGAGAAUCUGAGAAAGCAUGACGUUUGCUUCCUGAUUACGGUACGGCCUACCAAGGCGAUUGGAACUAAGUAUGACUACAAAGAGCAUUUCAUUCCACAAGUUGGGUUAGUUCAUGUGCGGGGUUGUGAAAUUGAAGGAAUGCUGGAUGCUAACGGAAGGGUCAUAGAGGAUGGCAUUGAACAGAGACCGCAGUUAACGGGAGAGCAGCGAACCUACCGCGUUUGGUUGGAUUCCAAUCAAUACCGUGUAGAUAUGGAUGGUCUUCAGGCAGGAGGUGAUGAUGUUUACGAAGGUUUUAACAUUAUAAUGCGACGUAAGCCAAAGGAAAACAACUUUAAAGCGGUUCUGGAAACUAUCCGGCAUCUAAUGAACACGGAAUGCGUUGUCCCUCCCUGGUUGCAUGACAUCCUGCUGGGUUAUGGAGAUCCUGGAGCAGCUCACUACAGCCGCAUGCAGGAUCAGGCACGCGUGAUGGAUUUCAAUGAUACGUUUUUAGAUAUAGACCACGUAAAAAGUAGCUUUCCAGGGUACGAGAUGGUGGUGAAAGAAACAGGUACUGCAAAACUUGUUCGUCCCUUCCGAUUGACGUUUGAAGAUGUUCCGGAGCAGCAUGUAGACAGCAGCGAUGAUGAGGAAGAUGAUAAGAAAAUUGAGCUACCGAAGCGAAUUUCGAUCGAAUCAUACGUCAUUCCCAAGCGAGGUCCAUACAAAUAUAACGAACCCAAAAAGAACACAAUCCGCUUCACCCCAACGCAGAUCGAAGCCAUCAAGGCGGGAAUGCAACCCGGUCUUACACUGGUAGUCGGCCCACCGGGUACCGGCAAAACAGACGUAGCCGUCCAAAUCAUUUCCAACCUGUAUCACAACCAUCCCCAGCAACGCACCCUAAUCGUCACCCAUUCCAAUCAGGCACUGAACCAACUGUUUGAGAAAAUUAUGGCACUUGACAUCGACGAACGCCAUUUGCUUCGUUUAGGUCAUGGAGAAGAAUCGCUGGAAACGGAAAAAGAUUACAGCCGGUACGGUAGAGUUAAUUAUGUGCUAUCGAAACGUAUUGAUCUGCUGGGACAGGUACAACGGUUGCAGGAUUCGCUUGGCGUAGCUGGGGAUGUAGCGUACACUUGUGAAACUGCUGGUCAUUUCUACCUAUAUCAGAUAAUCGCUCGAUGGGAGAAAUUUUUGAACGAUUUCAAGGAAAGCAAAGAUUACAAGGAUGCUGCUGCGUUCGAGGAAGAAUUUCCAUUCACGAAGUUCUUCCUGGAUGCGCCUCAGCCAUUAUUCCACGGAAGCACUUUCGAGGAAAAUAUGAACAUCGCUCACAGCUGCUAUCGUUAUAUUUCACACAUUUUCACUGAACUGGAGGAGUUUAGGGCUUUUGAACUGCUUCGGAGCGGCCUGGAUCGCUCAAAGUAUUUGCUGGUGAAGGAGGCGAAAGUCAUCGCUAUGACCUGUACCCAUGCAGCUUUGAAGAGAAAAGAACUGGUGAACAUGGGCUUCAAAUAUGACAACAUAUUGAUGGAAGAAUCGGCACAGAUUUUAGAAAUCGAAACAUUCAUUCCUUUGCUGCUUCAAAAUCCGAUGGAUGGCUACAAUCGCCUCAAGCGCUGGAUUAUGAUCGGAGAUCAUCAUCAACUACCACCAGUCAUCAAAAAUAUGGCAUUUCAAAAAUAUUCCAACAUGGAACAGUCACUAUUCACGCGGCUCGUUCGACUAGGUGUCCCCACCAUUGACCUAGACGGGCAAGGUCGUGCCAGGUCGAGUAUUUGUGAGCUCUACAAAUGGCGUUACACUAAACUGGGUGAUUUAGAACACGUCAUCCAGUGGCCAGAGUAUGUGAACUGCAAUCCAGGCUUUGCCUAUGAUUAUCAAUUGAUCAACGUAGAAGAUUUCAACGGUGUCGGUGAAUCGGAACCGAACCCGUAUUUCUAUCAGAAUUUGGCCGAAGCGGAAUAUGUUGUAGCAGUUUUUAUGUACAUGCGGCUCAUAGGAUAUCCAGCGGAGAAAAUUUCCAUUUUAACUACCUACAAUGGUCAGAAGCAUCUAAUUCGAGAUGUUAUUGAUGCUCGUUGUGCUGACAAUACACUGAUCGGAAAACCACACAAGGUGACAACGGUAGACAAGUAUCAAGGGCAGCAGAAUGACUACAUUCUGCUCUCGCUGGUUCGCACUAAAACAAUCGGUCACAUACGUGACGUACGCCGAUUGGUGGUUGCUAUGAGCCGUUCUCGGCUGGGUCUAUAUAUCUUUGGCCGGGUGUCUCUGUUUAAGAAUUGUGUUGAGUUACAGCCUGCUUUCAAAUUGCUUACCAAACGCCCUCUUCAGUUGCACCUGGUAGCUGAUGAAGCAUUCAGUGAUCAGAGGAGAAUGGACGGUAAACCCGACCGGACGCCCGUCGUUAUGAAAGAUAUGACGGAGAUGGCACAAUAUGUGUACAAGUAUUAUAUGGAGAAGGUUAACGUGAUCAGAGAAGAAAUGGAAAAAAUGAAGGAACUUUACGAGCACCAUCAAAAGGAGCAAGCCGCCAACCAGGCAAAGGAAAAAGGUGUUGAAAAUGUCACAGAAAAACCGCCAACGAUGCAGCAAAAAUCGAAAGAAUUUGUACCGGCUUUAAUUUGUAAUGAAAUUGAGGUUGUUGACGAUAGCCAAGAGAAGCCGAAACGUGGAAAGAAACGAACUGCUGAGAGGGACGAAGAACACAAGAAGCUGUCGGAGGAAAAAAUUGAAGAAAAGCAAGCGGCGCACGAAGAGAACAAACCGCAAUCGAUGAUUGUGGAACCUAUCGAGGAAAGGGAAGAGGGCAGCGCAUUUGCGGCAGAAGUUGCCGAUGAGAAGGAUACAAACGAGAAACAAGCGACAAACGAGGACAUAAUAGAACAACCUAAGUCGAAUAUCACAAUGUCUGCUAAGGAUUGCGAUCAGGCUGAAAUAGUUUCCGCUGGUGAAGGUGGUGAUGGGGAAAACGAACAUGUAGAAGUAGUACCAGAAGUAGAAAAGGAGGAAAUAACACAACCUGAUGAGCUACAGGUGACUGCGACUGAUGCUACGGAACCCAAGGACCAGACGAGUGAUGAUACUGAAAUGCAAACAGAACAAUAGUAGACCUUAUAUUCAAUCAUCAUUGAAAGUUUCUCAUAAUU